GCUGAUGUUGUUGUGUAUUGGCAACAAGGGUUGCUACUGCUGUUUCCGGCGGCCAUGGAGUCCUCCCAGCUGCAGGCCUUAAUUAAUUACUAUUGCCAGGAAGGUUACUUUCAUCAUGUCCAGAUGGUUGCAAACGAGGGACUCAAGAUGUUCGGCGGUGAUCCGGUGUUCAUUUUCUAUCGGGCUUAUGGUAUGCUGAUGGAAGGGUUCAUUCGAGAGGCUCUUUUGGAGCUCGAAUCUAUUAAAAACAAGCAAGAGGUUUCCCUUUGCACAAUGAUGGCACUCAUCUAUGCUGAGAAAAAGAGCCCAAAUCCAGAUCGAGAAGUGAUCGUGGAACUUGAUGGGAAACUAAAAGAGCAUCGUAAAGUUGCAGGACAGCAGGCUUUGUAUUAUGCUGCUUUGUUCCUGUGGCAUCUUGGCCGCCACGAGAAAGCCCGCGAAUACAUUGACAGAAUGAUCAAGAUCUCCAAUGGCAGCAAAGAGGGAUUCAUUUUGAAAGCGUGGAUUGAAGUCACCUGUGGGAAAGAAACGAGCAUUAAAAAAGCUGUGAAAUACUUGGAUGAAGGACUGCAAGAUGGGAAUGAUAUCUUUGCCCUGAUGGGUAAGGCACAGUAUUUUGAAGCUCGCCAGAAUUAUGUAGGAGCUUUGGAUACCGUGAACCAAAUCAUAGCCAGCUUCCCACACUUCCUCCCUGCUUUUGUAAAGAAAAUGAAGCUGCAGCUAGCUUUGCAAGACUGGGAACAAGCCACAGAGAUGGCACAAAGAUUGUUGCAGAAAGAUGCUCUUAACUUGGAAGCUAUAAAAAUGGAGGCCGUACACUGUUUAUGUAGGGAAGGAAAUAUACCUGAGGCCUCAUCAAAGUUGGCUGAUUUAAUUAAUGCUCUAGAAAAACUUGAACCACAUAAUCCCCAGCUUUUCUGCAAAACAGCAUUAGUUUUCAGCAGAACGUGUGGCCGCAACCAGCUUAUCCUUCAGCAGACCCAAGCUUUGGUGGAGAGAGCUUUCAGCUUGGCCGCAGACAAUGCAGAUAUUGCUACAGAACUUGGUUAUCAGGUUAUUUUACAAGGGAAAAUAAAAGAGGCUGAAAAAUGGUACCAGAUUGCUAUGGCUCUCGAUGAGUCAAGUGUUCCUGCCCUAACCGGGAUUAUCCGAUGCCAGCUAAUGGAAGGGAAGUUAGAUGACGUAGAACAGCAAUUGGAGUUCUUGAGUGAGAUCCAGCAGUCUAUUGGAAAAUCAGCAGAGCUGUCUUAUUUGCGAGCAGUUUUGGCCAUGAAGAGACACAAAAGACAAGAAGAAGUGAUUAGCCUGUUGAAUGAUGUACUUGAUGCUCAUUUUUCAUCUUUGCAAGGCUUACCUCUGGGCGUAGAAUACUUUGAGAAAUUAAAUCCUGACUUUUUGCUUGAGAUUAUUAAGGAAUAUCUUAAUUUUUGCCCAACACAGCCUGCAGGUCCGGGACAGCCGCCUUCUCCCCUUCUCAAACCGUGCGCUUCGGUCCUUGAAACGGUGGUAAAAACUGUUCCGGGUCUUCUGCAAGCUGCCUAUUUAGUUGCGAAGGUGAAAUACUUGACAGGGAAUUCGGAAGCAUCCCGAAGUAUCCUGCAGCACUGUCUUGAAAAGAACCCGGCGGACGCAGAGGCUCACCUGCUUAUGGCUCAGGUUUAUUUGUCGCAAAACAACUUCAAACUCUGCUCUCAGUCUUUGGAACUCUGCCUAAGCUACAAUUUUGAAAUUAGGGAACACCCUCUGUACCACUUAAUAAAAGCUCGAGCUCAGAAAAAGAUGGGAGAGAUAGCAGAAGCCAUUAAAACUUUGCAGAUGGCAAUGAAUUUGCCUGGGAUGAGAAGAGCUGCUGCUUCCUCAAGAUCAAAACUGGCUAAGGUUGAAAUCGACGCAAGCGACCGUGUGUCGGUCUACCUAGAGCUGGUUGACGCUCAUCGCUUAAAUGGUCAACAGCAUGAAGCAGUUAAAGUUCUUCAAGAUGCCAUCAACGAAUUUUCAGGCACCCCUGAAGAACUGAGAGUUACUGUUGCUAAUGCAGACCUUGCUCUCGUACAAGGGGAUGUGGAAGAGGCUCUGACGAUGCUCAGAAACAUAACACCAGAGCAGCCUUAUUUUGUUCAAGCCAAAGAAAAAAUGGCCCAAAUUUAUCUGGAGUACCGAAAAGACAAGAAGCUGUAUGUAAGCUGUUACAGAGACCUGGUGGAAAAGCUGCCAAGUUCUCACAUACUACUUCUUGGUGAUGCAUACAUGAAUAUCCAGGAGCCUGAAGAAGCCAUAGAGGUUUAUGAACAGGCUUUGAAGAAGAACCCUAGAGAUGGAGCAUUGGCUACUAAAAUAGGAAAAGCUCUGGUCAACACGCAUAACUAUGCGAAGGCAAUCAAUUAUUAUGAAGCGGCUAUAAAAACUGGUCAACAGAAUUUCCUCUGCUAUGACCUGGCGGAGCUGUUGCUGAAACUGAAGCAGUUGACAAGCAGAAAAAUCCUUCAGCAAGUUUUGGAACAUGUGCCUGUGAACGAUUUGUCUUCUCUAAUGGAAGAUACCCGCUACCAGGUUCUCCUUGCCAAGAUUUAUAGCAAAAUGGAUCGGACAGAGGAUGCUAUUAUUUCGUUGCAGCAGGCUCGGGAAUUGCAGGCCAGAGUCCUCAAACGGAUUCAGAUCGAGCAGCUGGAUGCGAUUCCUGUGCAGAAGCAACUGGCGGCUGAAAUUUGCGCAGAGAUCGCAAAGCAUUCAGCGGUCCAGCGGAACUAUGAGAAAGCAAUUAAGUUUUACAAAGAGGCUCUUGUUCACUGUGAAACCGACAGCAAGGUGAUGCUAGAACUUUCACGUUUGUACCUUGCCCAUGAUGAUGUGGAAGCAUGCCAGCGUCAGUGUGCUCUGUUGCUGAAGAACGAUCCAGACAACGCGGCCGCAUCCAUGAUGAUGGCUGACCUUAUGUUCAGGAAACAGGACUAUGAACAAGCAGUCUUCCACUUCCAGCAGCUUUUGGAUCGCAACCCUGAUAAUUAUUCUACAUUGUCGCGUUUAAUUGACCUUUUACGAAGAGCUGGAAAGCUGGAAGAAGUUCCAAGAUUCCUUGCAAUGGCUGAGAAGCAUUCCUCCAGAACAAAGCUUGAUCCAGGCUUUCACUAUUGCAAAGGACUGUAUCUUUGGUACACCGGUGAACCAAAUGAUGCCCUUCGACAUUUUAACAAAGCACGGAAAGACAGCGAUUGGGGGCAGAAUGCCAUUUAUAGCAUGAUUGAAAUCUGCUUGAAUCCGGACAAUGAAACCGUCGGAGGUGAAGUGUUCGACAACCUGGAUGGUGAUGCGGACAAUUCCACAGAGAAGCAAGAAUCUGUGCAGCUAGCGGUGAGAACAGCAGAAAAGCUCUUGAAGGAAUUAAAGCCCCAAACGCUCCAAGGUCAGGUACAGGUUCGCAUCAUGGAAAAUUACUGCUUUAUGGCAACCAAACAGAAAUCAAACGUUGAGCGAGCGCUGAACACCUUCACAGAAAUCGUGGUGGCCGAGAAGGAUCACGUCCCUGCCCUUUUGGGAAUGGCCACAGCGCACAUGAUCCUGAAGCAAACUCCCCGGGCCAGAAACCAGCUGAAGCGCAUUUCGAAAAUGAACUGGAAUCCCAUCGACGCUGAAGAGUUUGAGAAAAGCUGGCUUUUGCUUGCUGAUAUUUACAUUCAGUCUGCAAAAUACGAUAUGGCAAGCGAAUUAUUAAAGCGGUGCCUUCAUCACAACAGGUCCUGCUGCAAAGCUUAUGAAUAUAUGGGGUACAUAAUGGAGAAGGAACAAGCAUACAAGGAUGCAGCUGUAAACUAUGAGAUGGCCUGGAAAUAUGGGAAUCAAGCAAGUCCAACAAUAGGCUUCAAGCUGGCAUUUAAUUACCUGAAAGCAAAAAGAUACGUUGAUGCAAUCAACAUUUGUCAUAAGGUUUUAGCAGCACAUCCAAAUUACCCCAAGAUUAAAAAAGAAAUACUCGAUAAGGCCCGUACAUCACUAAGGACUUGAAAUUGCCGUAUGCAUUUAUUUUAACUAGAGGGUAGAAGGCCUCUGCAGAAAGAUGGACCGUUAAAACAUCUGUGUGGUUGUGGAUGAGACCUACUCAAUUCCUUUCCUAUGGAAAAAAGACAAGAAAAGAGACUCAUUUUAGAUUUCUCCCUCUUCUGAGCCAGGAUGCUUUUGUACUUGUGGAUUCAAUACAUGCAAAAGAGAAUCGGUGCCUGUUCCCAUCCACUUUUGUAGGUACUGGCAGCAAUCCAAGUAAAUCACUUCCGCAUCAAGGCAUGACCGGCAGAGGCAGAACUCUCUUUGAAGGUUCUUCUAUGGCAGAUAGAUCUUCAGAGAAAGUUCUAUCUGUGCACCAAGUUCUUUUAUUAUCACAUGAGUGAUUUAUGUAGGUUGCAGCUACUGCUUCAUAAAAGACUCCUCACAAGCAUCAAAGGGGGAGGUGGGGCUUUCUAAAACGCUGUAUCUGUUGUGUUGAUUUUUAACUGGCUCCUUUCACUUUCUGAAAUGAGUUUCUUCUCUGCUGGAAUUAAGAAUGCCAUCAGUUUUGUUUGUUUUUAGUUGCUAACCCCUUUCUUAAUGACCAACUUAUUUUGCUUCUGGUUGUAGUAUGCAAGUUGUUGCAUGAAUAAAGCAGUGAUUUCCUAAGGGUUUAUUUACUUAUUGCAUUGAGGUUCUGCCUUUCCUUCCUCCAAGGAUCUGAGCGCUGCAUUUUACCUUACAGCCAUGCUCUGAGGUAGGGUUAAGCUAAGAGAAAAUGAGCUGCCCAUGGCCACUUGCUGACUGACUCAGCCAAGCAGGUAAGCUUUAAACUUCAGUUUCCCACGUCAAAACCAAAUACUUUGAUAAACAGACCACUAGUCACCCUUCACAUCUGCAAUUUUGUUAUACAGAAAAUGACACUCCCUUGCCGUCUUCUGUGUUCAUCAUCAUGAGGCCUACUGCAGGUGCCUGAUCCACUAAUAGCUUGUUUGUUACCCACUUGGGCAGGGGCCUUCUCAGUGGCUGCCCCUGCCCUCUGCAUCCUGCUCCCUGAAGAAGUUCAUGCCCUGUAAGAUAUCUUAGGGUUCCAUAGGGCAUUCAAGAGCCAAUCCAGUUUGAUUCCCUACUAUUCCAGAUGACGCCAGCUUGGUGACCACAGUACUCUCAGAGUUCUCUCAGCCCCACCUACCUCACAAAGUGUCUGUUGGGAGAGGAAAGGAAGGUAAUUGUAAGCUGCUCCAAGACUCCUUCGGGUAGUGAAGGGCAGGGUAUAAAACCACCUCUUCUUCUUCUUCUUGUUUCAUGCAGCAUUUGAUUAACCAAGAGAAUGGAUGCACUGGCUGGUUGUCCAUAUUUGUUCUUGAUGACCAGUUGAGUUUUAAUCGGAAUUUUGUUUUUGUUGUAUUCAUUUGUGUUUAUAGGUUUUAUCAUCUAUUCAGGUUUUAAUGCUUUUUUUGUGUGUGUAUGCUGUGAACUGCUCCGAAUCCUCUGCUGUGGAGAUGGUGCAGGUUAUAAAUGAAAUAAACAACUAUACCUGUC